AUGGCGCUCGAAGACAAAGGCAAUCAGACUCUCCCACUGCGUUUUGCUGACCUAAAACGCGAAAUCCUGCCUCAAGAUGAACCGUCAAAGGCCCACUUCGUCGCUGCCUGGAAUGAUGUACUCGCUGCGCUCCGCACAGCUACGGAGGAAAUAAAGUCACAUGGAUCUUCGAUUAUCUCUCAGGUCGAGUUCUCAGAGCUACAGAAUCUGAAGCCAAAGGAAAUCGAGGCCAUAAAGAGACGUGGUACGGUUCUGAUAAAGAAUGUGAUAGACGAUGACCAGGUAGUUUUGUGGAGAGAGGAACUCGAAUCUUUCGUCAAGAUAAACCCUGUUGAAGGCUUCCCGGAAGGCGACAAGCAAUUCUUCCAGCUUCACUGGACGAAACCGCAGAUCCAAGCCCGCGCACAUCCAAACGUCUUACAAGUCUCUACCUGGCUCAACAAGUUCUUCCAUGUGAACUCGAAAGAGAAAGCACAAGCCAAAAUACUGAAGGGAGUAGAGAUGUCUAUUCCUUUAUCAUACGCUGAUAGAUUUAGGAUCAGACACCCUGGGACUCAUUGGAAUGAGUUCCCACCGCAUAUUGAUGGAGGAGGAAUUGAACGCUGGGAAGAGCCAAGUUUCAGAAACUGUUUCACAGAUAUCUUGCAGGGUAACUGGCAAAAGCAUGACCCUUACGACCUCGUUGAGAGGUUGAAUGCGAGGACAGAUAUCUAUGGUCGCCCUGAUCAAGCUAGUGUAUUCCGCACCUUCCAGGGCUGGCUUGCUCUAAGUGAUACUGGCCCAAACGAGGGAACACUCAGAGUCUUUCCAGACGUUCUCCUUUCAAACGCGUAUGUCACCCUUCGACCGUUCUUCAGGCUCAAGGACAACCUCGUGAAGGAAGAUCCACUAGAUCCAGAGAACUGGGUACUUGAUGUAAGCAAUCCUGAUUUCCCGGGUAUCUUCCGCUGGGGCGACGGAUUCUUCGGCCCUCGGAUGAGCCAUGCCACACAUCCUCAUCUUCGUCUCGAUGAUUGCAUGACGCCCAUCCCUCAUGUAAAGCCGGGUGACAUGGUAUUUUGGCACGCUGACGUUGUCCACAGUGUUGAACAAGAGCAUAAAGGAAAGGAGGACUCUUGCGUUAUAUAUAUCCCCGCCAUGCCGCUUACGCCUCUGAACUUGUCUUACGUUGCAAAGCAGAAAGAGGCCUUCCUCAAGGGCCUCGCUCCUCCGGACUUUCCAAAGACCGCUGGAGAAGGUACAUUCGUCGGAGCUGGUAAGGAAGGAGACAUAGUUGGGGAAGUUGCGAGGAAGGCCAUGGGCCUUGUGCAUUAA